UCAGACUUCAUCCUUAGCCACUUUUCCUUUAAUGUGACUGACUUGGGACAUAUGAGGUUUGGAGGAGGGCUGAGAAUGUACAUACGAGAAGGAAUGAGGCAGACAGGAGGAGGAAUGAUUUGAGGGCAGCAGUGUGAAAGGUAACAUGUGUAUAUAAAGGUCCGCAGACAGAGGGAAGGCUACUCCCAUGAGCAGUCUUCUAGUCACAGAACAGAAAAUGACAACUGUUACAGAUUUCGUGUCAAACUACUGCGCCCCCUGCUGGACGUCAGGAGAUCAGGGCGGGAGGAACGAGCUGAAUCAGCUUUUCGUGCAACCAUGUGACCUAAAGUCAUAUGACUGGCUGAGGAGAGACUGUGGGCUUCUGCCGAGCCAGUGAAGUUUGGAGCGCAGGACUGGCGUUAAUCUGCUAACAUGAAGCUCAUUAUUCUUGAUGAUUAUGACCAAGCCAGCGAGUGGGCAGCUAAGUACAUAAGAAAUCGCAUCAUCCAGUAUAAUCCAACCGCUGAUAAAUACUUUACUUUAGGGCUCCCAACAGGAAGCACCCCACUAGGAUGCUACAAAAAACUAAUAGAGUACCAUAAAAACGGAGAUCUCUCCUUCAAGUAUGUGAAAACAUUCAAUAUGGAUGAGUAUGUGGGCCUUCCCAGGGAGCACCCUGAGAGCUAUCAUUCCUUCAUGUGGAACAACUUCUUUAAGCACAUCGACAUCAGCGCUGAGAAUGCCCACAUCUUGGAUGGAAAUGCCACAGACCUUCAGGCAGAGUGUGACCUGUUUGAAGAAAAGAUUCGGGCUGCUGGUGGGAUUGAGCUGUUUGUUGGAGGUAUUGGUCCUGAUGGCCACAUAGCUUUUAAUGAGCCAGGGUCAAGUCUGGUCUCCAGGACCCGAGUAAAAACAUUGGCCAUGGAUACCAUUCUGGCCAAUGCACGGUUCUUUGACGGCAACCUCUCCAAAGUGCCAACGAUGGCCCUGACUGUAGGUGUGGGGACUGUGAUGGACUCCAAAGAAGUCAUGAUUCUAAUCACUGGAGCCCAUAAAGCAUUUGCUUUGUAUAAGGCAAUUGAGGAAGGUGUAAAUCAUAUGUGGACAGUUUCUGCUUUUCAACAGCACCCAAGCACUGUGUUUGUCUGUGAUGAGGAUGCAACUCUGGAGCUUCGUGUGAAGACGGUCAAAUAUUUCAAAGGUUUGAUGCAUGUUCACAACAAAUUGGUUGAUCCGCUGUACAGCAUGAAGGAGAAAGGGACUAAAUCUGGGCAAACUCAAAGGAAGCCCUACAGCGACUGAACCAGAAAGAGACUUUUGUGCCAGGGAAACCGUGUAAUUCAGACGGGUACAAGAACAACUGGCAGCGACUAGGAUGUUACAAGCCUCUGUACUAACAAAGUGCUGCUUGGGAGUCAUUAACUGCACAUCCGUGUACAGUAGUUUAUAGGAAACACUAUACUCCGUAUAAUCCAGACACUCCAUUGGAAUACUGUGUGCUUGCUACUCUAGGUUUUGUAUUAAAAGGAGUACAACUUGGUA